CGGCUCGGCUCCAACUUCAGGGGACCGCUCCGGCCCGCGCCUUGCUGCGGCUGCCCCAUGGACCCGGCCGGCGGGAGCCGCGGGCUGAGCUGCUAGGGCGGGCGCCGAGCCCCGGCUGCGGACCCGGAGGGGCAGGCUGCGACCUGAGGACUCCUUUCCGUUCAACUUGCAUGUGAGAUCUGCCGGAGCCAGAAGGAAUCUAAAGCCAUCACCAUGGAUUUUGUUAUGAAACAAGCUUUAGGAGGGGCUACCAAAGACAUGGGGAAGAUGUUGGGAGGAGAUGAAGAGAAAGAUCCUGAUGCCGCCAAGAAGGAAGAGGAACGACAAGAAGCCCUGAGGCAGGAAGAGGAGGAAAGAAAAGCCAAAUAUGCAAAGAUGGAGGCUGAAAGAGAGGUGAUGCGACAAGGGAUUCGCGACAAGUACGGGAUAAAGAAGAAGGAAGAAAGAGAAGCUGAGGCCCAGGCCGCGCUGGAAGCCAAUGCCGAGGGGAGUCUGACCCGUCCAAAGAAGGCCAUACCCCCCGGCUGUGGGGAUGAGGAAGAGGAGGAAGAGGAGAGUAUUCUAGACACGGUCAUCAAAUAUCUACCUGGCCCUCUUCAAGACAUGUUCAAGAAGUAACGGCUGCAGCCUGUUGGACUGUCAUGAACAGUAAAGCAAUGGAUUUCUCCAAUGAGAAUUUACAAUCUUGCCACACAUCACACAACCCCACCCUCUUCCCCCACUCUACCCCCCCGACCUCUCCCCUGCCCCCUGAGAUUCCAUCCAUUCCUAUUUUGUACAUAGUCGCAUCCAGUAGACGCCUCUGAAUGGGUGUAAGGAUUAACGAGCUGCAGUCUACACAACUUUUAUUAUAAGCCAUAGUACUAUGUAUGUUAAAUAAGGCAACUGUACAUUAAACAGCAAAGAAAAAGCCUCAUGUUUGUUUCCAUCCAAAGCAGGAGGAAUGGUCACGAACAGGGAGCAGUGGCUUCUUUUAUUUUCCUUAAUUAUUAUUAUAAUUUUUAAUAUGAUCGUUGAUCAAGCCACCCUGGCUGUUCAUUGUUGGGUACAUCUCUUGUAGCAAGGGAUGCCUCCAUCUCCCAUGGAAACAGACCUUUUCCGUUUUAUUCCAUAACCCUCAUAAAUAAGAGAUCAUUUGAAAAGUGAACCAUGUGCAGCUCCUGUCUCCAACACCGUUCUCAGAGCUGCGGAAGAGCUGAGCCUUCUGCACCAGGUGUUCAUGGUAGAAACCAACCGCCUCAGAAUCUAAGCAAGAGUCUUGUUACUUUGGGAAUAGCCAUACAAUGAAUAGCAUGACCAGUGUGUAGUGUGGACGAUGCUGUCUUUAAAUCUAGGCCAGACUGGUUCGCUAGUGUUGUAGUACUGGACGUCCCAACCCAGGAGCCUUAGAAGCCCACCACUGAGUGGAGUGGAUACUUAGAUUCCCCAACGUUCCUCUUUCGGCAAAGAUUCCCCAGUGGCAUAUUCAAUCCUGCCAUUGCCAGCUGUGUUUCCAGGAAUAGCAUUCCAGCUCCAGCAAAUGCUCUGUUCCCGCAGGUGGCAUCAGAGAGGGGUGGGCUUCUGGUCAGAGAGCAGGCCCAGGAGGCAGGAACUGCUUCUGAGUUCUAGUCUUGAUUCUGACUCUGAUUCCAUCUGUGACCUUGAACAAGUCACUUUACCUCUCUGUCCCAGUCCCCGCAUCUAUACACUGGAGAUAAUAAUACUUACCUAUCUCACAGGGAUGUUGUGAGGGUCAAUCGGUGAAAGCUUGUACAGGAGCUAAGUAUUAUUAUAACAUUGAGUGGCAUCAUUGGGUACUUGCACAUUUACCUGGUGGUGGGAAGGUGGGACCAGGACUCUCCUACCGUCGCAUUUCAAACCUUCUCAGAUUCAGAUGGAUUUAGAAUGUCUCCCAACCUGAUGGUGUCAGAUAACACAUUGUCCCCAGAUGCUGCUGCCUUGCUCCCGCAGUGAAUAUAUGUGUACAGUCUUAUUUGUCACACCGUUAUUCAUCACUUCAUCUGGUCUGUUGUUUGUAGAGCUGACCUUCAGUUCUGGGACUCUUUCAGCUCAGCGUCACUGUAGAUGUCUGGAGCUUCUGGUCAGCAUCACGUCUUGGUCUCACGAGAAAAGAAACUGUCUCAGGAGACUUCUAACAAGCUGAUUAUUUGCCUGGCAGAAUUACACUGCCACAUGCCCUGUGCUAGCUCAGGCUUGGAAAACAAAUGGUUACUCAUUAUUUCCAACAUAUUUGCAAGUAAAUAGCCACUUAGCAUGGAUGACAGAGGGAAAAAUAUCCCAUAGAUGCAGAUUUAGUAGGAGGCAUAAUUCAGCUCUGUGUGCCUGCUGCCGACUGGUGUGAGAACGAGACAUUUAUAUUUGCUACUAUAAAACCGAUUGUUGAGUUAAGUACGCCUGGGAUUGCCAGUGUAGAAUAUCCUGUUCAUCUACUGCCAAAUUGUAGGACCAGUGCAAUUUCCAGCUGGGGUUAGUGGAUGCAUUGCUGUUGACUUCCGUGGAAGUGUACCUGCUUAGUCCCAGUGAGUCUGGGUUUUGCUUUGAAUACCCAUUCUGAAUUUUGUUUUUUCCUGAGUUCGAUAAAAUCUUUGGGUCAGAGUCUCCGCUGGUGUAGACAGACCACACUUCCCUGCACUGAGCAGUGCUAUAACCAUUGAGCACCAGCAGAGAACUUGGUCCUUGCAUUCCAUAGAUAGCAUCAGAGCGAUUCCAUUGGCUUCAGUGAGACUAUUUGUGUGCUUAAAGCUGGGCAUAUGCUUAAGCAUCUUUCUGAAUUGGGCUCCUAAUUAGAUUCUUACAUGAGCCAGGCAGGAGCAAUCUGUGCUGGAUUUAAGCAGAGGAGGUGGAAUAAGGCUGUACAUGCUGUCCCUUUAGCAUCACCUAUAGAAUCACACAUACCAACUGCAACAGACUGCCUGCAGGCUGUACACUCCCUGUCACUUAUGGACCAGUGUAAUGAGCAUGCUCCAAACCCCUAGUGCAUGCUGAAGGACUUGUGCUUUCCUUCGCAGUCCGUGUCCAGAGAAUUCACUAGUGUAGGGAUGGGAUUUAGAAAACUACCCCAUGAAAGUUGUGUGCUGGAUGCUGAGAGCUGCAAGUCAGCCUCCCAAGGGCAAAAGCAGACUGUUGUGACAUCUUAAGAUAGCAUUGGCAUUGGUUGGCCGCGCUUUCACUAAAGAGAGAUGAAUUUCUCCCCUAAGACUUCAGUCGCCGACAUUGUUUCUUAUCUUUGUGCCUAGAUUUGAGAUCGGAGCAGCCGUCAGUGAUCUGUCAUUUCCUAAUGAAAGCGCUCAGCUCUCCGUUUCCAGAGCCCAUUUGUUUCCUUUUAAAGUAUAAAAGUCAUUCCUCAUCCUUAAAGCCACUCUCACCCCAGCAGCCUGCAAAAACUACUGUAGGUUCCACAAGUAAGUGGACAUUGCUCAGUCUGCUCCUGCUUUACUCACCACUCGUCCUUUGGCCAUCAGCAGCGAUUUCCUUUCCUCUCCAUGCGAGCUCCAGUCCCGAGACACAAGCAGAGCCUGCUGUCUUGCCUUUUCUUUUCUCUUCUCUUGUUGUUCUAUAUCGGGUUUUUCAGGGUCUGUCUUGUGGAGACAAAAUACAUCGUUCUGUCCAGCUGUAGGUGACUUUACAAGUCUUUGGUUUAACCAAAUGGGUCAGAGUGGUUGAGCCAUUCACUUAUUGGUUCCUGGAGUAGCUAAUACAGGAGCCUGUGCGGCAUGGUCUCACAGAUCACGAGCAAGUGUUGCUGCUCCUGGAGAGACAAGUGGGUUUGUUUUUUAAAAGUUCCACUCCCCUCUUCCAUUUGUCCUUCUAGGAGACUGAAAUUGCACAAAAAUAUGGGGCCUGUGUAGUCUUUCCAUCAGAUCCACCAGGCUUGGCCUCAAGAUCAUAAAGCAGAAUUGGGAGAGCCGUUUGUCUGGCAUAAUUCACAAGGUCUAUUAUUCAUGCCAUCUGAACCAUUGUAGGGUUUCCCAGCUCGUCCCAGCUGUAGCCAAUAUCCCUCUCACUUGAGCUCCCAAUGUAUGAUCUAGUCCUUCUGCCAUUAAACUCAACAGGAGUUUGCCAUUGACCAUGGACUUCAGGGGGAGCAGGUCUCAGCCCCCAGUUUUUUAUUGUCAUUCGUUCAGUAAAGAAACCCGAUGGAUAGGAUACUCUGCCUGUGAAUUACAUAUAGGUCAGUCCCUAUGGGGAGAAAGGCAGCAUGCGCUGACAAGAUUUGCCUCCAAUUACUUUUUGGACCUUGACUAAGUUAUGGGCCAGCUCAGAGGGUUUCUCCAGCUCCAAAGUGCCUCAGCAACUUGGAAUGAAGUUGAAAUGGGCACUUCCCCCAUCCCGAAUUGGACAAUCAUCACUCCCAACCCCUUCAGCUAACUUGCAUUGUGCAUGAACGUGAGGAGCACUGUAAAAACGCCACACGCUCAGCGCUCAGUCAGCUGUCAAAGCACUUAAACAAGACCAAAGAGAAACAUGGUUCAUUGUUUGGAUUCUGAAUAUCUCUUUGUCUUUCCAUGCCAUCGUUUUAUUUGCAUCACCAAUACGUUCAAUCUCAGGAAAAUGAGGUCUUCUGUUUGUGAUUGGUUUUUAUUUGCACAGAAAGGUAGGCGGCCAUAUAUUCUUAUUUUAGCCGUUCUUUCUCCUCCAUAACUCCAGGGCCUUUCUGUUUAAUAAAAAAAAUCAAGAGGUCUCCACUUUGUGGAGGGCAACUAAUUUAGUUUAACAUUGCCCUUCAUGGACUUACAUCUAUCUUUAGAGAAAGCCAUAUGAAAUCAGACUGCAAUAUUAAUUAUGAAUGCUACUCUGUGUUAAAAAAAAAAAAGAACAGAUCAUGUGCUAAAUCACUCUGGCGUUUCUCCCAUCUAUGUUUUCUAGUAUUGUACGUUAGCCUAGUUUCUCCCCAGCCCUUCCCUUUGUCAAAGAAAGACCACGCCAAUGCUGCUGACCGCAACUUUUUGACAAGCUUACCGCACUAGUAUAACUGUUGUUUCCAAUCAACUGUUGUGACCUGAAUGUAAUGUCCUAUGUAUCUGAAAUGUGUCUGUAUCUGUUUUACUCUGUUACCAAGAUAAUGUUUUUCAUGUGCUGAGUCUUAAAAUGUUUCAGUAACUGUCCUCUAAAAAAGAAAAAAUGCUUGUUUUCAUACACACACACACACACACACACGCAUACACGCACAAAGGCGAAACUCUAACUAGGUGGUGCAUUUUUCUAACAGAAAUGCCCCCAGUUGUCUCCAAGAUGCAUGCAGUACCUUCCAAGCAGCCAGAUGAUGAUUUAAAGUAGAGACUUUGUGAAUGUAAAUUUCAUUUGUAAUUUGCCUGCUACCUUUUUCUGCAUGACAUGGAUAAGUGAUAUGAUGUUCUUUUAAAAUGGAAUCACAGCCAAUAAAAAAAAUA